AUGAACAGAAACCUCAGAAGGAGCCAAAUCAACACCUUUAUCUUGGACUUCUACCCUCCAGAAUUGGGCGGCCGAGUCCCCUUGGGGAAGACUCCUGAUAUGUUGAAAAUUUGUACAGUCAGUCUUUCUCCCAUUCUUCCCCAGAGGGACCUGAGGCCUUUUGCCCGAGUGACUGUACACUGGGGAAAGGGCAAUGCUCAGACAUUUUGAGGACUACUGGACACUGGCUCUGAACUAACACUGAUUCCAGGGGAUCCAAAACGUCACUGUGGCCCUCCAGUACGAGUGGGGGCCUAAGGAGGUCAGGUGAUUGAUGGAGUUUUAGCAAAGGUCCAACUCACAGUGGGUCCAGUAGGUCCUCGAAUCCAUCCAGUAGUUAUUUCCCCUGUUCCAGAAUGCAUAAUUGGGAUAGACUUGCUUAGUACUUGGCAGAAUCCUCACACUGGUUCUCUGACCUGCAGUGUGAGGGCUAUUAUGGUUGGGAAGGCCAAAUGGAAGCCUUUAGAGUUACCUUUGCCUGGUAAAAUAGUAAACCAAAAGCAGUAUCGCAUUCCUGGAGGGAUUCCAGAGAUUAGUGCCACCAUCAAGGAGUUGAAGGAUGUAGGGGUGGUGGUCCCCACCACAUCCCCUUUUAAUUCUCCCAUUUGGCCUGUACAAAAGAUGGAUGAGUCUUGGAGAAUGACGGUAGAUUACUGUAAACUGAAUCAAGUGGUGACUCCAAUUGCAGCUGCAGUACCAGAUGUGGUUUCCUUGCUUGAGCUAAUUAACACAUCUCCUGGUACUUGGUAUGCAGCUAUUGACUUGGCAAAUGCCUUCUUCUCCAUACCUAUCCAUAAGGACCAUCAGAAACAAUUUUCUUUCAGCUGGCAAGGCCAGCAGUAUAGCUUCACUGUGUUACCUCAGGAGUAUAUUAACUCGCCAGCCCUGGGUCACAACUUAGUUCAUAGGGAUCUUGAUCAUUUUUCUCUCCCAAGAGAUAUCACAUUGGUCCAUUACAUUGAUGAUGUUAUGCUGAUUGGGCCUAGUGAGCAGGAUGUAGCAGCUACUCUGGAUAUGUUAGUACAGCAUUUGAGAGCCAGGGGAUGGGAAAUAAAUCCAACAAAAAUUCAAGGUCCUUCUACUUCGGUGAAGUUUCUAGGAGUCCAGUGGUGUGGAGUAUGUAGAGAUAGUCCUUCUAAGGUAAAAGAUAAGUUGUUGCAUCUGGCUUCCCCUACAACCAAAAAAGAGGCACAGCUCCUAGUGGGGCUUUUUGGGUUUUGGAGGCAACACAUUCCUUGAGGUGUCUUACUCCGGCCCAUUUACUGAGUGACUUGGAAAGCUGCUUGUUUUGAGUGGGGCCCAGACCAAGAACAGGCUCUGCAGCAGGUCCAGGCCGCUGUGCAGGCUGCUCUGCCCCUGGGGCCAUAUGAUCCAGCAGAUCCCAUGGUACUUGAAGUGUCAGCGACAGGAAGAGAUGCUGUUUGGAGUCUCUGCCAGGCCCCCUUAGGUGAAUUGCAGCGGAGGCCUUUAGGAUUUUGGAGCAAGGCUCUGCCAUCAUCUGCAGAUAACUACUCUCCCUUUGAAAAACAGCUCUUGGCCUGCUACUGGGCCCUAGUAGAAACUGAACGCUUGACCAUGGGACACCAGGUCACCAUGAGACCUGAAUUGCCUAUUAUGGCCUGGGUAUUAUCUGAUCCACCGAGUCAUAAGGUUGGACAUGCACAGCAACAGUCUAUCAUUAAAUGGAAGUGGUAUAUUCAUGAUUGAGCCAGGGCGGGUCCAGAGGGUACCAGUAAAUUGCAUGAGGAAGUUGCCCAGAUGCUUAUGGCUCCUAUGCCUACUGUACUGCCUUCUGUUUCCCAGCAUGCACCUAUGGCCUUGUGGGGUGUGCCAUAUGAUCAGCUGUCCGAGGAUGAGAAGACUAGGGCCUGGUUUACGGAUGGCUCUGCACGCAGAGGCACCACCCUCGAGUGGACAGCUGCAGCAUUGCAGCCCCUUUCUGAGACAUCCUUGAAGGACAGUGGUGAAGGGAAAUCAUCACAGUGGGCAGAACUUCGGGCAGUGCACUUGGUAGUACAUUUUGCCUGGCAGGAGAAAUGGCCAGACGUGCGACUAUAUACUGAUUCAUGGGCCGUAGCGAAUGGUCUGGCUGGCUGGUCAGGCACAUGGAAAGAACACAACUGGAAAAUUGGUGACAAAGAUAUUUGGGGAAGAGGUAUGUGGGUUGACUUCUCCAUGUGGGCAGAGGAUGUAAAAAUAUUUGUUUCCCACGUAAAUGCCCACCAAAAGGUGACAUUGGCGGAAGAAGACUUUAAUAAUCAAGUGGAUAAGAUGACCCGGUCUGUGGGUAGUGGCCAACCUCCUUCUUCAGCUACCCCUGUCAUUGCCCGAUGGGCUCAUGAACAGAGUGGCCAUGGUGGCAGGGAUGGAGGUUACGCAUGGGCUCAGCAACAUGGACUCCCACUCACCAAGGCUGAUCUGGCUACAGCCUCUGCUGAAUGCCCAGCAUGCCAGCAGCAGAGGCCAACACUGAGUCCCCGGUAUGGCACCAUACCCUGUGGUGAUCAACCGGCAACCUGGUGGCAGGUUGAUUAUAUUGGACUGCUUCCAUCAUGGAAGGGACUGCAUUUUGUCCUCACUGGCAUAGACACAUAUUCUAGAUAUGGAUUUGCCUUUGCUGCAUGUACUGCUUCUGCCAAAACUACCAUCCAAGGACUCACAGAAUGCCUUAUCCACCAUCAUGGAAUUCCACAUAGCAUUGCCUCUGACCAAGGAACACAUUUUGGAGCCAAAGAAGUAAAGCAAUCUCAUGCUCAUGGUAUUCACUGGUCUUAUCAUGUUCCUUACCACCCAGAAGCGGCUGGAUUGAUAGAAAGGUGGAAUGGUCUUUUGAAGACACAGGUAAGGUGCCAGCUAGGUGGCAGUAGCUUGCAGGGCUGGGGUAAGGUACUUCAAAAGGCUGUGUAUGCUUUGAAUCAGCGCCCACUAUAUGGCACUGUGUCUCCCAUAGCCAGGAUUCAUGGGUCCAGGAAUCAAGGGGUGGAAGUAGGGAUGGUACCACUCACCAUUACUCCUAGAGACUCAUUAGCAAAAUUUCUGCUUCCUGUCCCCACAACCUUAGGUUCUGCUGGCUUAGGCGUCUUAGUUCCAGAGCGGGGAAGGCUUGCACCAGGAAGCACAACAAUGAUACCAUUGAACUGGAAGUUAAGAUUUCCCCCUGGUCAUUUUGGUCUCUUCAUGCCUCUGAGGAAACAAGCUGAAAAGGGAGUCACAGUGUGGUCAGGCGUAACUGACCCAGAUUAUCAAAGGGAAAUUGGACUACUACUCCACAAUAGAGGAAAGAAAGAAUAUAUGUGGAGUACAGGAGAUCCUUUAGGGCGCCUCUUAGUAUUACCAUGCCCUGUUAUUAGAAUCAAUGAGAAACUACAACAACCUAAAAUAGGCACAGUGAGAAAUGGCCCAGAGCCUUCAGGAAUGAAGGUAUGGGUCACUCCAUCAGGAAAAGAACCAAGACCUGCUGAGAUGCUUGCUGAAGGCCAAGGGAAUACAGAACGGGUAGUGGAAGAAGGUAGUUCUAAAUACCAGCUACGACCCCGUGAUCAGUUACAGAAAAGAGGAUUGUAA